CUACUUCUCUGACGAUGCUGCUGCUACGGGUGAUGACGGUGAUGAUAAUGAUCAUGGUGAUGAUGACGAUGGUCGUGUCUGCUGUUUAGCUGGUCCGCUGGAUCAAUCAGUAGCCGUCGAAGGGUAGUAGAAGAAGUUUCAUCCGUUCUGAAUUCAUCUGCUCGUGCACCAAAACUGUCCUGCCGUACUACCGAUCGAUAACACGCUGACGAAACAUUGCCAUUGGAUUGUAGCAGUGUUAAAGGAAAAUGAACGCCGUAAGUGGUAGUCUGUUGUAGGCGAGAGCUCUGGGUGAAGUGUGUGCACAACAAGAUGCACGAGUUGUGCGAUGGCAGAAACUAGCAGAAGCUGUAAAGCUACAGUACUGCUAAAUGCUCGCCGUUGCUCGUUCUGACAGCCGUCGGGCCGGGUGUCCUGUGUGCCUGCAGGCCCUCUCAUAUUCUUUGGACUCCUUCUAGAAAGAGGAGCUCCCUAUUUCACUCAGUCUGUUUUUCUAGCUCUGUUUGAACUAUCCGUUCAUUUGCGGCCUGUUUAUCUACCUGUGAAUCUGCGGGUCUGUUUAUUAGGCGGCAGAGCUUUCGGAUGACGUCGACAACGAUCGUCAGCAAAUUGUGGGGAAGCUCUCCUGCCGGCCGGCGGCUUCUCGUCGACGUUAGAGCAUUGCUGCUCGUAGUAACACAAGUGGUCAUAUUAUAGACCUGCCCCGUUGAGAGGACUGCGUUCCCGGCAUCAGGAUUAGCAUCGGCAGCUACGAUUGCCGCGGCAGCACCACGAGUAGGAGCAUCGUCGACGGGAGCACCAACAGCACCAGAUACUGCCAGCAUCAGCAGAAUUCUAGCUGCGAUCGCGCCAGCACUGAAACAUCAUCAGGCCGCAGGAACGCUGCGGAGGAAUUCUCCCAAUAGCAGCAAAAGCAGCCGUAGUUACGCUAGGUAGAUACCCCAGCGAAACGAGGACUAUCGAAGUUGGAGCCACGGCCGUAGUAACGGAUGCGACAACAAAGCCUGCUGCAACUGCUACUGCUUCUACCAGUAGAAGCGUUAAAGCGAACGCGAGCAUCCAUUAGCCAGCUGAGUAGCGAAGCAACGAAUAGACAAACUAACGAACGAAAGGACGAGUGAGCGGACGAUAGCGUGUAUUCGAACGAACCGCCGGGAACUUGUCGAACGCUGGCUAUGACAGUCAGUGACUGGGAUGUUUGGACGCUUAGGAUAAAAUAGAGUCGAAAGCGAAAAAGGCCAAUCUGAUCCGCGUAAUUUAGAGUUUUGGCUUCCCUUAAAGUUUUCGAUAAUCUGUUUGAUGUCAUUCUCUGUCGACACUGUUAUAGCGUCACGAUCAUUAUAAUUCGUCAACUCGAGUGUUCGUGAAGAACGAUACGUGCUUUUGUAUUGUUUGGACGACCGGACGUAAAACUCUUUUGAGCAUAAAACGGUUAAAUAGAAUCGUUCUAUUCGGUUUAAUAGUGUACCCAGAAUUAGGUCGGGCUCAGUGUUGAAGGCGUCAGCUGGCGAAACAUCUUUGAAGGGACAUCCGUUCGAAUAACAAAAACUACUGGAUAAUAGGUGGUUCCUAUCGUAGAAUAGAUGUGGACAAACAAAAAGGAAUAAGACGGUUAUGCUAUCAAGAUAUGCAAUCAAAUUAGCGUCGACAUCCAUGAAGAGUGGAUACGAUUUAUAGUUCCACGCUGAACGAGCUGAGUUUUAUUAGAGGACCAAUAGAGAUUUACCGGUUUGAAGUAUCGGCUUGUGGGAAACACUGCUUUUGAUGGUGACAAAGGCACAGUAAUGCAAAAUCGGUGACGAAACAUUCAAAUCCUGAUUGCUCAGGAUGACAUCGGGCUCAGGAGAACAGCUCCGGCUGGUCAUUUGGAAAAAUCUGUUGUUACGUAGACGGAGACCGAUAAUUUUGAGCCUAGAGGUGCUAUGGCCAAUAACUAUCUUCGGCCUCUUGGUGGGCCUCCGGAUAUUGUUGCCCGCGCACCACCAGACUGCGUGUUACUACAAUGCCCGUGCCCUUCCCUCGGCCGGGGGUCUACCACUUUUACAAGGACUUAUAUGUAAUAUCGACAAUCAGUGCCUUAACCGGACGCAAUAUGAGGAUAUACCGACCUACCCAGGAUCCAAGCUGGAUUCGUUAGUUGGGACUGUAUCUCCACUGUUUAAUAACGAGCGGCUGCUCGGUCUAGCCAGAGAGCUUCCAACGUCCGCGCGUCUUCUGGAUGCAAUCGGCAACUUGCUUUCCCACGACACUGUCAAGCAACUCCUGGUUACGGGAAUUCCUGUACAUAAUCUUGCGACGGAUUCUGAUGAGGUACGCGCUGUGUUUGUCGAGGCCCGAAUGCCCCUGGACGUCAUUAAUAGCCUACUUGCAUCUCGACUUAGUCUACCGUCACUUGUGUACGGACUCAUCACUAAGCAUGCUGCCUGUGACGAGCCACUCAUCAAAAGCAUUAUCAUCUCAUCCGAUCCUCGUGUUGCAAGAGAGCUCGCCAAUCUUUGUCCUUUUAGUGACGACUUCAAGGAAGGUCUGCAGCAGGUAUUGAAGGUCGAGGAAGUGAUUCGGCUUAUAUCAGGUACAGCAGAAGCUUUGGACCAACCACAAAUGGCUAUGCAAGUGGCUGAACUGACUGAUCUCGUGAAACUCGCAGCGCGGUUAAACUUUGGAUCAGGAAAUCACUGGUCGGAAGUUGUUCGUCAUUCUGCCGACGUGCUGGCUCAUUUAUCAAACAAGGCGAACAUGGCGUUUCUUCGUGAAGUUUUUCGAGAUUGGGGUCGGACUAUAUUCCCCCAAAUGUUCAUGGAUAUCAACUUAAUUGCCGAUACAUUAGCAAAGAGUUUCUGGACAGAGCCGUCAUCAGUGUACAAUGACACGGAACUGCAAGCAUUUGUGAUUUCAUUAGAUAAAGUCAUGAAGGCUGUUUCUUCAUCUAAGGGAGCAGUCAGUAAGGUCUUCACUGUUCUGUCGGGAAACGUAGCUGAUAUAGCGCAUAGCUUGGAUUUAGACGCUGACUGGGUCAACAUUGUGACUCAUUGGAUUCACGCAGAGGCUGCAGCGGUAUCAAAGUCGCAUACGUUUCCAUAUUUUCUUCGUCUCGUUGAAGCAGCAACAUUAACUCUCAGUGAUCCGAAGAGACUUGCAGUGCUCCUGGAGCGCCGCCAUGGGGCAGUCCUUAAUAUUGACAGAGAUAUAUGUGACCCCGACGUAUUCGGUGACUUUAUUUCGCAUUCCGGCGAGGCCAGUGAAAUGUCAAAGUAUGCCUGCGUUUUACUUAAAGAGGUUGUUCCUGGUGUAAUCGACAAACUGACUGGUGCUGUUCGAGCGCCGUACCAAAAGGCCACCGAAACACAGGCGCAGGACGCUAUCGAAGGCGUAUCUUUACUUGUUCACGCGCUUUUCAAAGCGGCUCCAUUCGAUCUCCGUGCAAAGCUGGAUAGCGCUAUAAGUGCUUUUACCUUUCAAACUUGGCAGGACCGAGACGAAUCUGGCAGGAUUAAUGUGGUGGCAGCCGUUCUACAGUUAAUUAAUGACUUCCUCAAACAGAUACAUGUUGACAAUCUUGACUACGUCGAUCGAGUAAUUGGCGCAGCUUCUUCGCUGGUCACCAUACUAAACCGACAUAUCAGUGAGAUAUCCAUCAAAGGCGAGGUAUCACUUUCGUCGACGUUCGGGGUGGUCUCUCUCCAGAGAGCCGUCAAUCUAAUUACUGACAAUAUAGAUGUCAUUUUAGAAACAAUAGACAACCUUCUAAAUCGGGGCGUCAACCCAACAGUUCUGUCUGAGUCUGCACACUUUUGUUCCACUGAAAGACCCCUAUCGAGAUACCUUCUGGAAGAUACAGCUGGCUUCGGUGAUUUAGAAAAAAGGUUCUGCGCAGCAGUUCACCAGAUUCUUCCAGAAAUAUCGAGCUCUGGCCCCACCAAGGAUAUUUUCGCCGUCUUUAGUGGCGUGACACCAAGUAAUGUUACCGAUAGCCCCGUCUCUUGGAAAGAGCUCGCUGAUAAUGUUGUCGAACUUAAAACCACACUGUUGGAAAGCGUCAAAUUAAACGCGGAAGUCCUAUUAAGUGGUCUGAAGCCCGUUAGAAAAUUUGCAUCAGGACUACGGGUCCUUUUCGCAGCUCCUGCUACAGAAACGGAACUGUUUCGUCUUAGACUUCGACCAUUAGAGUUCCUUUUAAAAGCCGUGACUCCCAAAAGUGCCAUAAUUCCGUUUGCUUUGCGUCUCACGAGAGAGCUAACCGAACUGAAUGCAGAUCCCCCUACAGCUUUUCAUAACUCUGCUAGUUUAGUACAAUGGGCAGAGAAAAAUUUACCAAUUUUUGCCGGCUCCUUAAUCGACACCUUAGAUGACUCUGAAAAAGUUAAGGCACUAUUUAAUACCGGAGCAUCAGGUAUCUGUGAAAUGCCAGUAGCUAAAAUUCUUAAAUUACCAGACAAUCGAGACAUGCAGGCCAGAACAAUGGAGGCAUUCAGUGAACUCUGUGAAAUUCUGGGUACAUCAACAGCAACUACGGAGGACAUCGUCCCCUUUGAAGUUGUGGUACGUCGUCUGCUCGACGAAAGUGCUACAUAUCUAAGUCUACUUAGCUCGAGACAGGCGUAUAGUCAACUGUUCAAAGCUGUUACAUCGAUUAAUGCUCUCGCUUCUCAAGCGGAUGCCUCGAAGGCCUCGUCUAUCGAUGAUCUCAUUGCAAAAUCGCUCUCUUCCUUAAUAUCUGCGAUCGGUAUAUCACCAAACACUAUGGCUCUCGCCUCAUAUAAUUGCUCCGUCGAACGUGCGCUACGUGUACAAAAAGGGAGCUUUAGAAGUUCCAUUUGGACUUUAUUGAAGGACUCAGCUAGCAUCGCCGGUGACAGCCUGGCGGUUUUCAUGCAGCCUUCCAAAAUGAAGAAGGUGGUACCGUUAAUAAACACAUGGAUCAGCAAAGGCGGCUUUUGUCAAGGAAACGAGACUUUUAAUCGCCUCAGUUCUCUCCUCGGUAUAUUUCCCUCCAGUUUAGCUAAUUUGAAAAAUGUGGUUUGCGUCAGCAGUGAGGAAAUCGCCGAGGAGUUCCUACCCUGUGAGACUGUCACGCCCGCACCGAAACUUCUUGACGUCGUAACAAAUGCUGUUCGUCAGCUGAGCAACUCCGGCGGCUACUCAGUACAGUCCAGUUCAUUUUCGCUUACCAGUUGGGCAGAUGUUGUCCUUGGUCUCGGAAACCUGUUUAGAAAUGGCCUGCUCGACCAAGAUCUUGAAGAUCUAUCUUCGUGGUUUUACCUUCUAGACAAAGUUCUCAAGCCGUAUCCUAUAAUCGACAGUGAGCUAAAGACAAUAAUCACAGCUGCUGGCUCUUGGGCAAAGCAAACUCUCUCAAAGAAAACGGUCAACAGCACAGACCUUUCAAUGGAGUAUCGUCGUCUUUUUGAAAUACUUAAGUCCGCUACGGGUCGAACAGCUCUCGAAGCAGCCAUGUGGUUUGUUGCUUCGGCCCAAAAGGGCAUUUUCGACUUUUCGUUCAGUUCACUGAAUGAAACGUUCAGUUACCACUGCGCGAUACCAAGUACUGAGGUUACAAGGCUGGCAUGCCACAACGAAACGCAAGCCAUUGUACGCCACUUACUGACCCGAAAUACAACGAUAGCGGAUGUUCCCGAGAUGACCACGGAGGAGGCUGCAAAGAACCUGUUUGCCCUACUCCACAGAAUCGACAAAACAGCCGCUCUGAAUUUAAUGGAUGCUUUCGAACAUGAGGCAACUAAAUACCAAAAUAGGAUUCUCCAUGGGCUGGGACGUGUGAUAAUGUCUUCAUUGUGGUGGACGCCGCUUCCAACGAAGUUUUCGGGUCUGAUUGAUUUCGCCUCUAUGCUCAACCAGAUAAUCGAAGCUCUGCCAUCGACAAAUGUGACCAAAUUUUUUAUCGACGAUUUUGCCUCCGCUUCGGCGAACUUUUCACAGUUACCCGUUUCUGAUAGUCGGCCUCUGAUCAAGUUCUUGAUCAGAAAUCUCGUCCCCAUUUGGGCCGGUUCGCACAAGUCUGAAACAAUUCUACUGAAUUUUUGGAAUAGCCAGGAUCUACUCGCUAAAGCUAUAUAUCCAACUACAGCUUGUGCGGAAAACGGUUCUAUAGGAGAAAUGCUGGACCGAUUGGAGUCGCCAGUAAAGAUGGUAUGUGCGAUACCACGGACCGGUUUACAGGAAGCUUAUCGUCAUUUGAUGAACGUUGUGCUUCCCGUAAUAGCCGCAAAUGCUACCAAACGGAGGGAUAUUUGUCUACCAAAACUCUGGAUUGAGCUGGCGAGUUGGUCCCGUGUGAGUACAACGCAAGCUGAGCUUAUCUUCAAGUGCGCGACAGAUUUACGUUACUCUCAAACCACUAAAGAGGCGGUCCAUAUAGCACGCACGACGUCUCACUUAAGCAAGCUCGCGUCGAAAUUUUCCAAGCUCCAGAAAACCUUGAAAACAGGUAUGUCGCUUGAUGCUCUGGCCAGCCAACUUCCUUACAUUGCACGCUUUGAGAACAUCGUCAAGGACCGCAGUCUUCUGGAACAGUUUACUGCUGAUGACCGUACAAAGGAGAUCGUCAUUAAUUUUCGAUGGUUGUCACAUCAUCGGUCACCAUCUCGUAUAAAGCGUCUAUUUUGUAGAAACUCGAAAAGCGCAUUCAUCCUAUUUCCCGAAGAAGUAUAUCCGAAGAGCUUCUGCAAUGAUCAUUUCGUGCACAAAUUUAUCGACGCCAUAGAUUUCCACAGACUACAUUCAGAGAUGCCUGUGUCGCAGAACAAAAGCCUUUUCUCCGGAACCUGGCUUCGUCCAUUGCUGCGACCCCAGAUUAUGGCCGCGAUAGAAAGCAUUGCUCGGUACGCACUGCCAUUCAUUCAGCUUGCUGAGGAACCGCUUAGUCUGGACACUGCCACUGCACUCCUGGUUUCCCUCAAGGAAAGGGAGCUUGAGGAGCUGUAUCAAGCGUUCGAACACCUAGAAGGUCCAGUUAAUGAGGCGUUCGGCGGAAGUGAGACAGAUGCACUUGUGCACGCGCUUCGCCGGGCUAUGGGCGCUAUCGCUCAAAUGGCAUCGACAGGACUUUUCGAUGUCCGCUUCAAAGUGUCCGAGGUUCUAAACGAUCCUGAGUCAGCUAAAAAAGCAAUUAUGGACGCGCUCGGUACUAGCGCCUACUUUGUCGAUUUCAUUUUAGGGAUGAAGUUUGACAUUUCAAGCUUUCUUGUUGAUCUGCAUACCCGUAAACUAACGUUCGUUAACGUUGUCAGCGAUCUCACGCUACUCAAGAGGGCAUUUGGCAUGUCACCCACGUCGACGGUGUUUGAUAAAUAUUCGAAAGUACUAAAACAAGCUGUUGAUAAACUAGGCAUACCACCCAAUCCGCUGGUGACAGUUGCCCAACAAAAGUUGCUCAAAAACGUGGUUGAUGUUCUUCUCGAGAAAGCCCUUCGGAAGAACGAUCUGGGUUGGGAUCACUUAGUCGCAAUAUUUUCGGCAUUCACUUCGGCCCCAGAUGUAAUCCGCGAUGCAGAGACCCGCUUCGCAGUCAUUAAGGACAUCGUUGGAAUUGAGACUAUCAAGGGUCUUGCGAAUCUUAACGUCUCCUCUAAUGGGGUGCGGGUUCUUGCCCAUCCAGUCGCGUUGAAGCUUAUAGGAAAGCUCGUGUGCGGUCGUCCUCUUCGCGCCUUGGAACAGGAGUUCAAAAUUCUACAGCCCUCGAACAAGGAGCCACAGCUUAAUGAGAUGGACAUCGAAGAGCUUCCAGAUGGUUUCUGCAGAACUGGAUAUGAACAGGUUAUGCGAUUAACGGGAGGCCCUAUUAUUUGGGGAUUUCUCAAGCCAAUCCUUCGAGGAAAACUGCUUUAUGCUCCUGACACGGAAGAAGCGAAACUUAUUGUCUCCGAAGUUAACAAAACAUUUCAAUCGAUUGAAACUUUUCGUGAUCGCUUAUAUGAGUGGGGCGAUGCGUCAAAUGGUCUCAAGAUGAUAUUGGGCCGAAAAGACGCAAUCACCAAUGUGAAGGAUGCUUUAUUCUCUUCAGUAUUAGAACCCAUAAUGAAGAAAAUCCUACCUGACGGGAUGACUGCUGAAGCAUUUGACUUCCGAAGAGUCGAAGAAGAGGUUGGAGAUGCCGGUGGUUUAGUUGACAUGUUGCAACUUGUGGCAAAAAUUUCUUAUUGCUUCACACUCGACCGCUUCCAAGGAGUUGACACAGAAGCUGAACUGGAGGUGUUGGCGCCGCAAAUGACGCGCCGCAAGGAGUUUAUCGCGGCAGUUGUAUUUGAUGGUUUUCAAGAAAAGAUUAAGAAACGCAUUCAGGAGCCAUUUGGUAACUCUAAACUAAAACCAGCUGGCCGAACUAAGCGAGGUUUUUGGGAAAUGAUCGGUUUCGUCGAUGACAACAGUGAAGCGCGGCUCCCUCACGAGAUCAGCUACAAAAUCCGUAUGGAUAUCGAUAAUGUCCCACUGACACAUAGGCUCAAAGACCUUUUUUGGAAGCCUGGUGCAAAAGCCGAUUUCUUCGAGGACAUGCGAUAUCAACGUGGCUUCUCUCAAAUGCAGCAAAUUAUUGAUUCGGCUAUCCUCUCCGUUCUUCGACGAGAGCAUCGAAAUACAACGACGACAAUAACAGAAGAAGUUCCACUGUUACCGCCAUUAUUUGUUCAACAGUUUCCCUACCCGUGCUACGAAAACGACACUACUGGACAUUUGCUUAAAUCAGUCGUACCAAUGGCAUGUCUAUUGUCAUGGCUGUUCUCUGUGGCGUUCUUAAUCCGUCAACGGGUACUCGACCGGGAGCAGCACCUACAGGAAGUGUUAGCUGUAAUGGGCUUGAAGCCGUGGGUGGAUGUGACUGCCUGGGUUCUCCUUUCAGGAUCAAUAUUUUUCUUCAUAGUUCUCGUGACGACAUUGUUGGUAUCCUUCAUACUGCCCAACUCAAAUUUCUGGCUCCUUUUCAUAUUCUACCUCGCUUUCGCCAUGUCUAUAUUGAGCUUCUGCUACCUCAUAUCGAAUCUACUGCAGAGUAAUGCCACCCUGGCUGCUCUCACAGGCACUUUACUAUAUAUGAUUUCGUUUAUACCUUUCAUCGUGACGUUAACAUCCGAAUCAGUACUCCCACUGGGAACAAAGUUGCUGUUGUGCAUAUCCAUGAGUUCGGCGUUCUGUUACGGCUCUCUCUAUAUAACCAGGUUCGAACAACAAACACUUGGUCUCACGUGGAAGACGGCAUUUUCCAGCCCUUUAGCAGGAGAUCACAUGCAUUUCAUGUACGCUCUGGGUAUGCUAAAUUUGUGUACAAUUAUCUACUCCCUAUUCGGCUGGUAUUGCGGUUACGUCUUUUGUAGUAACCCUAUUCUACGAAAAAAAUGGUACUUUAUAUUCCAGUAUGAAUUCUUCUUUGGCGACCAGUCUGAUGGAGGGGACACGAUGUACAUCGAUAAUAAGGCGGACGGUGUAACAAUCUCAGACCUUGUCGUUCGCUUUGACUCUGGGAACACUGCCGUCAAUGGACUUACGUUAAACCUGCGUGAUGGUGAAAUUACCUCGUUGCUAGGCCAAAACGGUGCAGGAAAGACGACAACGAUUCGAGUACUAACCGGCCAGUGUCGUGCAACGGGAGGGCGCGUUCAGGCCUAUGGAAUUGAUAGCCGUAAUCUGAGAGAUCUUCGACGCUUGAUCGGCUAUUGUCCUCAAUACAACACACUGUUUGACAAGCUAACUAUUAGAGAACACUUUCAGUUCUUUGCUAGACUAAAAUGCUCCGGCUUCGCUUCAGAGGAACAGAUCGAAGGUGAAGUUUCGACCAUGCUUCAUAUGAUGGAUUUAACGCACUUGCAGAAUCGGUUAUCAUGCGAGUUAAGCGGAGGCCUACAACGAAGACUUUGUGUUGGUUUGUCAUUUAUUGGCGGGUCGAAGCUAAUCAUUCUUGACGAGCCCACCAGUAGCGUUGAUCCUGUCGCCCGGAGACAAAUCUGGGACCUCGUACUGAAGUACCGGAAGCGGCGAACAAUUCUUCUAACAACCCACCACAUGGAUGAGGCCGAUAUUCUUUCAGAUCAAGUGGCUAUCAUCCACAGAGGCAAUCUGCUCUGUGAGGGGUCGCCAAUUACACUAAAGACACGUUUCGGCUGUGGCUACCAGCUGGCCAUUAACCGAAAUUCCGGCAGAGGUUCGGAUUCGGGCCUGUCGGCUAGCGACGUCAGUUUAACUUCGAAUAAUUUCUCCGUCGAUCUCAUUGAUGACAUACGAGAGUUCGUUCCCAGCGCCCUCAUUGCUAGCGACGAGGCUGAUCAAAUGGUUAUUAACUUACCGCAUCGCUCAGAGCAGGGAAUAGUGUAUGAUUUCGCAGGAUUAUUUGAAAAACUUGACACGACAACUUUACUAGGCUAUCACGGUUUCAGCAGCUAUCGUGUAACGAGCACUACACUCGAAGACGCUUUCCUUAACUUGUGCUCCGACAGUAGCGUGAACUGUCCUACCGGUUUUCAAAUCAGUCAGGAAUUUGAAUCUGCUGGUUCGGACGGGUCGGCGUCUCCGGUGUGGGACUCAGCUUCGACAAACUCGCUCUAUCUCACGUCUAACGAUCGCAUACGCGGCUCUCGCCUUCUGCUGACGCAACUGCAGGCGUUGCUUUAUAAACGCUUUAUGCACUCAAUUCACAAUUGGAAAGUGUUGUUUUCGUCUGUAGUAAUGCCGUGUCUGUUCAUUGCGUUGGCCAUGGGUAUCACCUCCUUGAAGCCAGACAACAUCAAAGAACCCUCGCUUGAGCUGCAUAUGAAUUUGUACGGCAGGCCGGCCUUAUCGGUACUCAGCGGUCAGGCAGGACUGCCUCUCAUGAAGGAACUUCUUGGGGAGAACAUAGUACGGCUUGAUGGUCGCAUGAAUGUAUUGCCACAAGAUGGUUUCUGCCCCGCUGUGGAUUGGGCCUGGAAGACCUUAGAUUGGAGUUCCAUUAACACGUUUGACGCUUUUAACAGUUCGCAAGUACUGUUCGCCCUUGAUCCUUCUAAGGUGGAACUUACUGACUACCUUUUAGCUACCUAUGCAGAAUUUGCCGACAAACGGUACGGAGGCUGGUCGCUAAACCGGGAACACAUAAAGAUUUGGUAUGACAAUACUGCCCAUCACGCAUUGCCAAUCUAUCAAAACCAAAUAACAAACGCGUUUCUAAGAAAACACUACAACAAUUAUACCAUACGCGUGUCUAACCAUCCGCUUCAUCUUACCCAAGAACAACUUGGUCGGGAGACAUUCCUGAGUAGACUAGCCGAUCUGGGCGUUGCAUUGGUCAUCCUUGUCGGAUUGGGCUUCAUUCCUGCGUCAGCCGUCAUCUACGUCGUUCAAGAGCGUGCCCGAGAGGAAAAAACGGUGCAACACUGUUCGGGUGUCGCCAAACCAACAUACUGGGUAUCGGUGUAUCUGUGGGAUCUGAUUGUUUUGCUGAUAUGUAUUGCACUGUGUACAAUCGUCAUUCAGAUGUUUGCUAUCCCAAUCUACGUCGGUCGUUCGAAUUUUGCAGCCUUUAUACUGCUGCUUUUCCUAUUCGGAUUCUCUUCAUUGCCACUUACUCAGAUUGCCUCACAUCUAUUCAACGAACCCUCGAUCGCAUUUAUGGUUACAUACUGCCUGAACCUGUUCUUUGGACUGUCAAUUUUCCUCGUGCUUCUUCUGUGCCAAGCCACUACCUUCGACGUCGCCCACUUAUUGGGUCUCUGCGUUCCACAAUACGCGUUUAUUCAGGGCAUUCUUGUACUCUUCAAGAACCAUAUUACCGCUGACAUCUAUGACAUAUUCGACCAAGACGUCUAUGAAGAUCCCCUCCACCUUCUUUCGGCGAAUUACUGGAUGAUGUUGGCUGUUGGAAUUGUAUGUUUCGGUAUCAACGUCCUGAUUGAUUGUAACGUUUUCUCAAUGGCGAGAUUUCGCCGACGGAACGAGCUCGUCCUCCCUCAAGACGAGGACGCCGAUGUGAUCAUGGAACGUAAACGAGUUAUAUCGGCCAUAGGCGAAGACAUUUUAUCACUGGUUAAUCUCAGUAAAGAUUACAAGUCUUUCGGUCUAUCCAAGCCUCAACGUGCGGUGGACAAUGUCUCGUUUGGAAUUGGAAAAGGCGUCUGCUUUGGAUUAGUAGGGCUGAACGGUGCUGGCAAAACCACCCUUUUUAAAAUACUUACGGGUCAUAUCCAGCCGACAUCGGGACGUGCCUUCCUCAAAGAGAAAAGUGGAACAUACCGUACACUUGCGGAAUUGAAUAACCACGUUGGAUAUUGUCCGCAGAGCGAUGCGGUCGACGACCUACUUACUCCAAAACAGCAGCUUACCAUUUACGCUCAGCUAAAAGGUAUACCAAGCCCUGAUGUAGACGAAGUUGUCCUUAAAGCGCUCACCAUAUUCCGUUUACAAGACUUCGCAGAUAGGCCGUGCGUGGCGCUAAGUCGAGGUACCCGGCGGAAAGUAUGCACAGCCAUGGCAUUCCUUGGAGACCCGCAGCUAGUGCUUCUCGAUGAACCCACUACGGGCAUGGACCCAGUUACGCGCCGUUUGCUAUGGAACAGCGUGCACAAAUGCGUCGAUUCCGGAAGAUCAGUAUUGUUAACAUCACACAGUAUGGAAGAGUGUGACGCAUUAUGCCAUCGUCUCGGAAUUAUGGCUCAUGGCAGGCUUCGCUGUAUUGGCUAUCCAGACGCUCUCAAAUAUAGGUUUUCGCAAGGGUACACACUCGCCCUUCGAAUCGAGCCCGGCAGCGAGCAACAGGUACUGCAAUACGUAACGAAGCGGUUUCCGUCGAGUCGUGUCAAGUCGCUGCACGCAACAUCGCUUCAGAUUUCGGUGUCUUCUAAAGAAGCGUCACUUUCUACCCUGUUUUCACUGCUGCAAGAUCCUCGAAGUCGGCAGGCGGGGCUAGUGGAUUUCGCGGUCCAGCAGACUACGCUCGAUCAAGUGUUCGUCGAAUUCGCCUCACAGCAACGCGGAGACGACGACGACGAGGAAGCGUUCUCAAGAGUAGCCACCGUAUCGUCUUUUGGGUCAGCUUCGUAUCAACAACUGUCAUCGAAAGAGUCCGGUGGCGGUGACGACAACUGUCCAAAUGACGAAUCCUAUAUUGAUUCCACUCAUUUUUAGAUGACGAUGAACAUUGUCGGCCCUCUGCCAGAACCCUGACAUCGUCCUGCUUCUUUGUUCCUCUUAAAACAGUUCACUGUAAACAGAAGAUGUUGGCUGCAUGCGCGGCAAUUUUCCUACAGCGUCAAAGUAACGUAAACGUAUUUGGUAACCAGCUAAACGGAGAGCUGACCUACGUUAAAGGUAUCGUGAACACAAUAAGUGGGAAUAGGAAGAGGAGUGUGCAGGCAAAGCAAAACAUUGCCAAAAACAGAUAACGAUGUUUGUAUAAAUACUUUGGAUAUUUCACUCGAUGUGGCGCGUUGCCGUUAUUAGUAAAGGUAAAACGGACUCAUAUAGUGUUGUACAGCGACUUGGAGGUUGCAAAAAGACAGGAAGUACACUACACUCGUACCAUCGAAAUAGAAAAGUGGAUAACUAUCUACUAAUUACCACCAUGAAUAUUUGAUUUGGCUUUUAAGCCGCAACGUCUCGUCUUGCGAUUACAUCGAAAGUGUCGACCUAUAAACAUAAGCAAGAAAAGUAUUUUAUGAAAAAAUUCGUUGUAAAUACAAACUAGAUGACCCCAUAUUAAUAUCCGCAUUUCCAGAGUAAAUUUUUAAGAUUUUAUCAAAGUGAAAAGGCUCAACUAGAUGAUUAUGAUAUGAUAUAUAUGUUUUAGUUGCAAUUAAAUGUAUUAAACAACUAGUUCUACUAAGGCUGUAUACAUUGUACAUAAAUAACGAGUUCAUAUAGAAGACUUUCAGCAAGAUUAACAAUAGCAACUGCGGACAAUAGCAUUCAGAAGAUGUGGCUCAAAGACGUUGCCUUGUUCGGGAUCCAGAGUCCAACCGUAGAAUAUGUCUGCGUUGUUAGAAAUACGUUAGCGUAGGGAAUUUGGUAAAUCUAUAAUUUGCCGCUUAACUGUGUUAGAAAAGCUAUCGCUGGCUAGCAAGUAUACCAUUAGGUUCCGAUGGAUUUUGAAAAAAUCUAUGAAACGGUCACAAGAAUUUCAGCAACGAAGUUCACUCCGUCUGUAUUACCUAAUACGCUACACGAGGACAAAAGAUGCUAAGCUAGAUGGUAAGCCUUCGAGGUGAAUGAAAUACUGUUCAAAGAUUCUGUGAUACUACUAAAAGGCGCAUACGAAACGCGCUCAAGUCAUAAAUGGCAAGUUAAUAAAUAGCGACGAUUUCUAUUACACAUAAAUACUGCAUACACAUCAGCCAUUAUUGCUUACCGAUAAAUUUGCAUUAAAAAAAAAUGAAUCACAAAUGGAGUCGCAAGCUUGGUAGCUGUUGAACAUUGUGUCACUCUAUCUAGCAACUAGUCCGCUCGUCCGUUUAAGGAUUGAAUGGUCGUCGAUCUGUCUCAUAACGGCCAGAGCUACCGUACAACGGAGACAUACAACAUCUGGCCACUUGAAGCGAUGAACAAAAUGGAUCGUGGACUUCAGUAUUUUUUUCCAUGAGACUAAUCAGCUUUUCGUUCUACAGCGUCGGCUAUCCGUCGUGUUAUCAUCGUGUCGUUUUUCUCAGUUCAACUUAAAGCGUCUUUAGCGGAAUGGCAUCGCAUCGUUCAGUAAUAUUACUUUGCCAUCCUCUUCCGCCACAGGACUACCAGCUACCUUGCUGCGAUGGUUCAGCUGUUUUCCUUCACAUGUCCUAAUAGUCUUGUAAGUUUGUGGCAGGGGUUUUAUAUUUCCAUGUCAAUUACGUUGCGGUAUCGUUGAAUGGCUGUUUCGUGCAAUUGUUCUUUUAUCUUAAAAUGAAGCGGACCUGAAUUUUCUAUGAGCAUAGAUAGAAAACCGAUCAGUGAGGUGAGCAGGGGGCUAAUAUGAAAGCCGAUAAAGUUUUCGGCGGCUUUGAACCAUUUUCUGAUACAAACGCACACUCGACUACUUGCCCGAAAAUGUAAUAAAGGACAUCGGCAUUUUAUCCCAAUAGAGUAGCUGAAUCGGGCUCGAAAAAACUAUCCAAUCUUUACAUUUAGAUGUUUCGUAUCUGUUUAACAGUUGUUGAGGUAAGUGCCGGAAAAUGCCAUUUGCCCUGGUCUACACCGAAGUCGAUAUGCUAGGUAUAGAUUAUCUUCGAAUCGGUCGCUGUCACCAGCAUCGUUUCGUGGCUUGCUCAUCGUUGAUAUAUAUAGCCACAAAACUUCGCUGGCGGUGACCAGCCAGCUCUUUAAAGAAAUCAGCUUGCUCAUGUUUGUCUUCUGAAAGCUGCCACUGAUAGAUGCGUUUUUGCAAUCAGAAAUAAACGGAUGGACCUGUGUUUCACGGUUCACAUUUAUAUUUUGCUUUUUUUCGAACGCGGUGGAUAUCAUCAAGAUCAGCUGACAGAAACCAGUGCCAGGUCGAUGUAUCUUCAGCUACAGAUUCGAUGAUCGCUAAGUUUAAUUUGGAAACACUUUGAGAGCAAAAAACUAAAACUUACUAUAUGAGAUAUGACAAUAAGUAGAUAGCUUUAGGUAAAAAUUGGAAGAUAUGGCUUUCGGAUGAUUCAAAUUGGGACAUUAGAACACAUUAGGGCCACGCUAUAUUCAUAUGUGGGUACUGCAAUUAUGUAGCUUUUUAUUUUAUCAUAUUAAACCAUAAGGCGAAGUUUCGAUGCGUAAGCUAAUGGCUUUCGGCACAACUCAUCGUCUAUGGUUUUGUUUUAGCGAGAACGUUAGGCAGUUCCGCUUUGGAGUAUCUAUACCGCUUUUUAUGGAAAGCCUGAGGAAUAUUUUAAGUCAACAGUUCUUUCCUUAACGAUAUGAAGACCUACACGGCCUUGGUGAAAACUAUAAGAUGACUAUCGAGUUUCUUUGUGGACCAUUGGGUGCAGCCCUCAGCGACUGUUCGCAGGUAUGAGAUACAUUGUGUUCACACAAUCUGCGGAGUUAAAAAAGCCCCAUGAUUCAGGUACAGAGUUUUUCAUUUUAAAGAUACUUUUUGUAUUGUUUUGGUUACUAUUUAUUUCGUUUCAAAGAAUAUAAGAUAUGAUUUAGCUGUUUGAGAUUAAGUUAUUUACUUAAAGCAGGGCUUUUUCUAUGCGAUAAAUCGACGUCACUCCGUUAUUCGAUCCAGUCAAUGGGUUGACGAAAGAUGACAAGGCAGACAAUUUUAAACAAUACGUUUUUUACGUCUCCUCGUCCACGUGGGACACAGAGAUCGAAGGUCCAUAUUUCAACGAUGGAAUGGGCCAGAUAGGUAGGCAAGAGUGAAAGAAACAUCGUAUAUAGUGUAUACACGCGUCGGAGCCGAUAUUCCGCAGUAUAAACUUAUAUUCGUAGAUUUCGGCGGGUCACCGAAGUGGGCUUAGUUAUGCAGUGAGCCACUUCCUGGAUUACCUCCAUAGUGAUACUUCAUCGUUUAGAUUUGGAAUGUGUCAAUAUGCAGCGAAUGUAGACUGAGACCCA